AGAGGCGCCUGUCGUCGCUGCCGCCGCGGUCUCCGCUUCCCCCGGCCGGUGAGGGAAGCAGCCCGCGCUGCAGCUAAGGAGGCUGGGAGCGACGGCGGCUCAGGAACCGCUCCAGAGAUGAUGCCGAUGAUACUAACUGUGUUCUUGAGCAACAAUGAACAGAUUUUGACAGAAGUUCCAAUUACACCAGAAACAACCUGUCGAGAUGUUGUGGAGUUCUGCAAAGAACCUGGCGAAGGAAGUUGCCAUCUGGCUGAAGUGUGGCGUGGAAAUGAACGCCAUAUACCCUUUGAUCACAUGAUGUAUGACCAUCUACAGAAGUGGGGACCCCGCAGAGAAGAAGUGAAAUUUUUUCUUCGUCAUGAAGAAUCUCCAGCUGAAAGCAAUGAACAGAGUGGGCGUCAGACCCAAAAUCAGAGAAAUGGAAUAAAUAUACCUGUGGAGAAACGUACAGAGAAUGGGGUUGGGAAUCCACGUGUAGAACUCACACUCUCUGAACUUCAAGACAUGGCUGCCAGACAACAGCAGCAGAUUGAAAACCAACAGCAAAUGUUGGUUGCUAAGGAACAACGUUUACGUUAUCUGAAGCAGCAAGAACGCCGUCAGCAGCAGUCUAUUUCUGAGAGUGAAAAGCUUCAAAAACUUAAAGAACGGGUGGAGACCCAGGAGUCAAAGCUGAAAAAAAUACGUGCCAUGAGAGGACAAGUGGACUACAGCAAGAUCAUGAAUGGCAAUCUGUCUACUGAAAUUGAGCAUAUCAGUGCCAUGUUCCAGGAGAAGCAGCAGGAGUUACAAGCUGCAGUGUUAAAAGUAGAUCAGCUAACUCAGCAAUUGGAGGACUUAAGGAAAGGGAAAUUGAAUGGAUUCCAAUCUUAUAAUGGACAGAUGACAGGACCUGCAGCUGUAGAAUUAAAAAAGUUGUACCAAGAACUACAGAUUCGUAAUAGGCUUAACCAGGAGCAGAACUCCAAGCUUCAGCAGCAGAAAGAACUUUUAAACAAACGUAACAUGGAGGUGGCUAUGAUGGACAAGCGUAUCAAUGAGCUCCGUGAGCGACUAUACAAGAAAAAAGUUGAGGCACGUCAAAAAGAAAACAUUCCUUUAAAUCGUAUUAAUGGAACAUCAUCGCCCCAAUCAUCUCUGACUGCUUCAGGAAGAGUAGCAGCAGUGGGGCCUUACAUCCAAGUUCCUAGCUCUGGCAGUUAUGCUGUACCAGUAGACCCAGUGAAACCACAGUCUCUCACCAUUGCUUCCACUGCGAUUCAUGGGAGAUCAAAAUCUGAUGAUGGUAAUAAAAUCAAGGUGUACAGUUUAUGGACAGUGUCAGAUCUUGAUGUUGGCCCUGACUACAGCACUUCCUGGCAUUCUGCAGACUCUGAAAAGCAGUUUCGGGACUCUAAUGAUGGAAACUGGCCGACACUUAAACAGAGUUCAACUCCUGUGGUAAAACCACCUCAAAUCUCCAAUGCAGACUGGAAGGAAUCAAGCAUGGAUACUGCUUUAAAACAAGGAACUGUAUCCAGUCAACCAUUGCCAUCUUCAGUAUUAGGAAGUACUGAUAAGCUGGGUCUUGAUAUGGGGAAAGUGCCACCCACUAUCCCUGGUGUAAGUAAGCAGUUGCCUCAAAACUAUGGAACCUAUCCAAGCCCUGUUCCUUUAGGAACAGGUUCUACAAAUUCACUGGAAAGGCGGAAGGAUGGCAGCCUACCAAGACCUGGCUCCAGUAUAACAAAUCGGCAAAGACCUAUUCCAUUACCACCAUCGAGCAAUAUACAUCAGCCUAGUUCCUCACAACAGAUACAACAGAGAAUUUCUGUACCUCCUAGCCCUACUUAUCAACCUUCUGGUCCCUCCUCAUUUCCUGGCGGAGAUGGCAGGCCUGAGCUCCCUUUAACUGUGGCUAUCAGGCCUUUUCUAGCUGAUAAAGGAUCAAGGCCUCAGUCUCCAAGAAAAGGACCUCAAACAGUGAACUCCAGUUCCAUCUACUCAAUGUAUCUUCAGCAAGCAACACCACCAAAGAACUAUCAACAGGCUGUAUACAAUACCCUAAAUAAAUCAGUAAAAGCAGUUUAUGGAAAACCUGUCCUACAGUCUGGUUCAACCUCUCCAUCACCUUUACCAUUCCUUCAUGGAUCUUUGCCUACCCACACAUCACAGCCACAGUCUCAGCCUCAGAUUGAGUUCACUGAAAAAGAUCAAGAGCUGGAAAACAUUCCGCCAUCAGGUGAAAAUAGCAAUGUGGAAAACAUUCCUCGCCCUCUCAGUCCUACUAAGCUUACACCUAUUGUGCAUUCACCCCUACGAUAUCAAAGUGAUGCUGAUCUUGAAGCUCUUAGAAGAAAAUUAGCUAAUGCUCCUAGGCCAUUAAAGAAGCGUAGCUCUAUCACUGAACCUGAAGGGCCCAGUGGACCAAAUAUACAGAAGCUACUGUAUCAGCGCUUUAAUACACUUGCUGGAGGAAUAGAAAGUGCUCCUUUUUAUCAACCAAGCAACCCACAGGACUUUAUAGGCAACUUAGCAGAUGUGGAUAAUGGAAACACUAGCACCAAUGGCAAUAUUGAAGAACCUAUUUCUGUGCAACCCACAGUUGCUCUUCCUGAUGAACCUCCUCCUUCAUCAGAUGCCAAUGAUAAUGAAUUACCGUCUCCUGCCACUGAGGAACUGAUUAGCACUGAAACCACUAACCAAACCUCUGAGACUACUGAAGACAAUAAUAACAAUCCUGCCGUAGUCCCUUCCACUGAGCAGUCACCCAGUCCCACACCUGAGGUCAGCUCCCCAGUAGAAGAUGAAGUUCCUGUGCCACCAGCUGUUCCUCCUCCACUUCCUCCAACUAAACGUACCAACCUGAAGAAACCUAACUCUGAACGAACUGGUCAUGGUUUGAGGGUAAAGUUCAACCCUUUAGCCCUCCUGCUUGAUGCUUCUUUGGAGGGAGAAUUUGAUCUGGUACAAAGGAUCAUUUAUGAGGUUGAUGAUCCCAGCAAACCCAAUGAUGAAGGAAUUACCCCUUUGCAUAAUGCAGUGUGUGCUGGUCAUCACCACAUUGUAAAGUUCCUGCUUGAUUUUGGUGUUAACGUGAAUGCAGCAGACAGUGAUGGAUGGACGCCUUUGCAUUGUGCAGCUUCUUGCAAUAGUGUUCAUCUCUGUAAACUACUUGUAGAAUCCGGGGCAGCAAUUUUUGCUUCAACUAUAAGUGAUAUAGAAACUGCUGCGGACAAGUGUGAGGAGAUGGAGGAGGGUUAUAUUCAGUGUUCCCAGUUCUUGUACGGAGUACAGGAGAAGUUGGGAGUCAUGAACAAAGGAGUAGUGUAUGCUCUAUGGGAUUAUGAAGCCCAGAAUAAUGAUGAGUUGUCAUUCCAUGAAGGAGAUGCCAUUACUAUCCUGAGACGUAAGGAUGAUAAUGAAACAGAAUGGUGGUGGGCUCGACUCAAUGAUAAAGAAGGCUAUGUGCCUAAAAAUCUUUUGGGGCUAUAUCCAAGAAUCAAGCCUAGGCAACGAACCCUUGCUUGAAUUCAGUUGUUUGGCAGUGCAGAACAUGGCUGGUAACUGGAAGCUUAAACCCACACUGGAGUCAUCUUUUUCUAUCACAUUUCAACUGGAGAAAUAAAAUUCUAAUCUUUGUUUUUAAUGGUGCUCUCUCUUAUUGAUGGACAGCAGUCAAGGGUUUUAAAAUCUGCAGUUUGUAAAUGAAGGUCAUUCCAUGUAACCCACCACUGACUGGGAGAUGUACUUACAGUCUACAGUAUUUUGUCAACUCCAAAUACCAAAAAUACUCUUAUAGAAGAGUCCAUGGGUGGAAGCUUCUUGUGUUAAAUGUUCACAAAUGUCAUUUCCAAAUUGCAGAUGUGCUGUCCAAUCUGUUCUAGUCCCCCAAUAACUGUCCUGUGUCAAGAUUUUGGAUAUUUUUUGACACCAUUGAAUGUUGUUUACUCAUUACUGACUUAAUUCUGUGUGUUCUGCAGAGAAGACUUUCACAUGCUAAGUGCAUAAGCAAUCACCACGGCUCUAUAUACUCUAGGAUUUAGAAAUAAAGAUAUGUUAACUAAUGUUCUAAGUCCUAGUCUAGGGCCUGCUCUACACCUAAGACUUAAGUCAACCUAGCUACAUUGCUCAGGGCCGUGAACAAUUUUACAUCCUGUAUCACAGUUAGGUCGACCUAACCCCUACCAUACAUGCAACUAUUGAAUGAGAAGUAGUUUACGUACAGCAAUGGAAAAACUCCUUCCCUCACUCGAGGAAGCAUCAUGCUACAGUGCUGGAGCUGUGCCACUGUAGUGUAAAGAUACUCUUUACAAAGCUCAAACAGAAGCUUUAGAGAUGCUAGGAUCUAGAUUUUGUUUGCAUUUAAAUGACAAGCUAAAAGCAUCAAAAACUACACUGUUUGUAUACUUCUCAAAACCUCUACACUAAUGUGUUCAUUUUCUUGGUAUUCAGCUUAUUACACGAGUUUUACCUCUACUAAUUUAAGUUACAGGUCCCACUCCCACUAACCUGUGAACUUGUCUGUUUGGAACAAAAGAACAUGUAACAGUGGAUUUGCAGUCAGAUUAAAGGAUUUGUAUGUUUGAUGGAUGAAAGUGCAAUAGUUGAGAAGGGUAAGAGUCUGAUAAAUUAAGAGGUACACUAACUUGAAGUCUGCCUGAGUAGUUGAAGGACUAAAAAGUGGAGAGCUAGUUGUGCUAAUAUUGAGAGUCAAUGAGAGGAAGAGAAACAAGGAGUUUGAGGAUUUGAGAAUGGCAAUAAUUUGCUAUUUUGGUAAGAACAGUUUCUGUGGUUCUUGGCAGCCCAACACCUAUUGCCAGGGUGUGUUGUGUUAUGCAAUAACUUUUCCACUAUAUUGUAGUUUCAAGCAAAAAAAAAAGGGGGGGGCACUUCACUGGAGUUAAUUGUACAUGGUUUUAUAUACCAGAAAUAUAUUUUGAAUUUCUCGUAAGUUGUAGCCAUGUGUCUUGAAUUUUUUCUUCCAUUAAAGUGUAGGCCAGUUGACUUUAACUCUUCAUGUACAAGUCUUGUGUAUAAUUUAUAUAUCAUUUAUGCAGCGCUGUAAUUUGCUUUUACCACCAUUUAACAUUAAUUGUAUAUAUAUUGUGGUGAUGAAACGUGAAAGGGUAUUGUUAAAGAACAUUGGCUACAUGAAUGUGACAAUUUCAAGAGCCUAUGAUGCACAUUUACAUGUUCUCUGGAUGAGUGUAUAAUAAAAUACUGCUAAGGC